GCUCCGGUCCGGUUUCUGCUCUUUUUCAAAGGAACUUUAGGGUCGCAAAAAGGAUCUCCUCCCUCUGUCAUUUCUAUGCCUGGGGUAUCAUUGCAUAUCGCCGCCACGGAGCCAAACGGGACAGUGCCAUGAGGACUUUCUCUAAAAGCAGAACUUGUGAGGUUUACAGUGUCUCGGGAUAUGGACAUUGUUCUGCUGUCGGUUCACCUGCACAGGGGGUCAUUAUAGAGCCCACCCAGUCACUUAGCCCCCCCAUGGAGUCCAAGGCUCAGAGCGACUGGAAGGACCAGGGGGACCAGGGAGGCCAGGGGAACAAGGGAGGCAGAGGACCUGUCUGUGUGGGAUGGAGGAGGUGGGCUCUGGGGGUCCUACCCCUCCUACCCUUCACUGCCGCCAUUGCACUGAGUCUCCAUUUCUUUACAUCUCCACCCCCUUCAGUGUUCUACCUUGGUGGCAGCGUGGAGUUUCCCAACAUUAGCUUCUCAUUGGACCUGACUGACCCCGCCUCUCCACAGUUCCGCCUUCAGGCUCAGGCUCUAAGCCGUUAUUUCUCAGAGCUGUAUGAGUCCUCUCCCUGGAGCACCUACUACCUACGCUCAGGAAUUACUGCCUUCAGUGAAGGAGCAGAUGGACUGAACGUGUUCUACUGGAGUAAGUUCUCGGGCCCUGGGGGCGUUGCCAUGGAGAUCCAGCGGUGGAGUACAAAGCGCGUACAGCGCCGUCUCCCUGGCACCAGUAAGUUGCUGUACAGCCAGAGCGAGGAGCGCUAUUACAUGGAGAGAGACGACGAAUCACUCAACCUGCUGGGUUUAGACUAUGACUAUGAUUCAGACGACAAGGCAGAUAAAAUCAAGAACCCCAACUCCCUGCAGAACUCUCUACAGAGCGGCAAGUGGCAGCUGGGAUUCCAAGCAAUGUCCUUUGACCUCUAUGCGAAGUACGGUAACAACCGUACCCUGAGCUUGGUGAGUCCCAAGAAGCCAUACUACCAGUGGCGCCUUCGUGUCCCGUCGGGUCAUGUGGUGCGUCUGGUCGUCCUCACCCUGCACGGAGCCACACCCGGAAGCUGCUCCUCCCACAAACUGUCUGCCUACGACUUCCUGUUGCCACUACAGAACAAGAUCAUUGCCAGGUGGUGUGGUCUCCCAGUGUCUGGCUCAUCUCCUGUAAUGAAGCUGACGUCGUCUGGUAACGUGAUGCUGGUCACCUUCUCCUUCAGCAGACAGAGAGAUGGAGCCAUCUUCAAGGCCUACUUCCAGGCCAUCCCCAAAGCAGGUUGUGGAGGCUCUCUGUCCUCCUGGAAUGGCUCUCUGUCCUCUCCGUACUACCCUGCCCACUAUCCCCCAAACAUCGACUGCAGCUGGACUAUACGGGCGCCGUUGCCUGGAUACCUGAUCUCCAUGACGAUUGUGACGUUGAACAUCCAGGACUCUUCGUCUUCGGACGGCUGUGAGAAAGACUGGCUGGACAUUGGAGGGGUCAAGCUGUGUAACCCCAUGACUGACAGCAGCAGAAAGAAGACCUACUCCUCUCCUGUCUCUCUACACUUCCACUCUGAUGAGUCUGUCACUCACAAGGGCUUCUACCUUCUCUACAGAGCCUUCUCCCCUGAGAGCAUGUGUCCUCGUCAGUUCCGCUGUGGGGAUGGGAGGUGUGUUCCUCUCAGGAAGGUGUGUGAUGGAGUCAGAGACUGUUCAGACGGACGGGAUGAGGCUAAAUGCUCGACCUGUCGUCCAGGUGAGGUGUAUUGUGGGAACGGUCAGUGCCGGCCUCACAGCAGCCAGUGUAACAGCCAGAGUAAAUGUGGAGAUAGCAGCGAAGAGGCCGACUGUGCAGGUCAAUGCUACCACAUGUGCCACAACAAGGUGUGUGUCUCCAAGUCCUCAGUCUGUGAUGGUGUUAUAGACUGCAAGGACCGCAGUGAUGAGAUCAACUGCACUAAAGCAUUCCAUAAGGGCUGCUCUCCAUCCUCCUAUAAGUGUGCCAAUGGGAAGUGUGUGAAUAAGAUCAACCCAGAGUGUGACGGCGUCAAAGACUGUUCUGAUGGAUCAGACGAGACGCGCUGCGGUUGUGGCACCCGGCCCAGGAAGCGUGCUAAGAUAGUGGGCGGGUCUGAUGCGGGGACGGGGGCGUGGCCGUGGCAGGUCAGUCUACAGAUGGAGCGUUAUGGGCAUGUGUGUGGAGCAACCCUGGUAACCAGCCGCUGGCUCAUCUCUGCUGCACACUGCUUCCAGGACUCUGACACCAUCAAGUACUCUGAUGCGCGGUCGUGGCGUGCCUACAUGGGCGUGCGUGUGAUGAACACGGCCAGCAACGCUGCAGCCACCAGACAGAUCCGUCGUAUCAUCCUCCACUCCCAGUACGACCAGUUCACCUCUGACUAUGACAUCGCCCUGCUGGAGCUCAGCACCCCUGUCUACUUCAAUGACUUGGUACAGCCCGUCUGUGUCCCCGCCGCUUCCCACGCCUUCACCACCGGGACCAGCUGCCACGUCACGGGCUGGGGGGUCCUGAUGGAGGAUGGUGAGCUGGCAUCUCUGCUGCAGGAAGCCACAGUGAAGAUCAUCAACAGGAACAACUGUAACAAGCUAUAUGAGGACGCUGUUACUCCCAGGAUGCUGUGUGCUGGCAACCUGCAGGGAGGAGUGGACGCCUGUCAGGGUGACUCAGGGGGUCCUCUGGUGUGUCUAGAGAGGGGUCGGCGGUGGUUCCUGGCGGGGAUCGUGAGCUGGGGGGAGGGGUGCGCUCGGCAGAACCGCCCUGGAGUCUACACACAGGUCACCAAGUUCACAGACUGGAUCCACCUGCAGACUAAAGGACAGGUCUGACAGACUGGCAGACUGACAGACAGACAGACGUCUGGAUGACAUCAGCAUGUGAACAGACUCAGUGGCUGGCACCAUGUGACUGUAACGGGGGUAAAGAGACAUCACCACGCAGCCCCUGCUUUAUGAUUUAUACCAGGCACCAUGUCACUGACAUCAUUAUCAACUGUUACCCCCCCACCCCAUCAUACCCACCCCCUCUUCAUUUAUGGCCAAGCACCUCUUUUUGUCUCCUCAUGGUUUCCGUUGUCCUCCUGACUGUUCCUCUUUCCCCACUUGUCCCUGAUCAUCCCAGUGGUCUGUCUGUCCUGACUGUUCCCCUCUCUCCACUUGUCCCUGUCCCCACUCCUGAUCAUCCCAGUGGUGUAAUUGUUCUCUGUGAAGUGACCACUUGGAGAUGAUGAUGUGCCUGGUCUAUCUCAUGUCCACACUGCACACAGCAAUUGAAGUGGAAUGAGUUCUCUAUGUCGUAGUACAAUGUGCUGUAGCGAGUGUGUUAUUAUGUCUAUUUACAUUGUGUGUGCAUGACUGUAUUUGUGAACAUAUGUACUGUAUCAUUGUAUGAAUAUGUACAGUACCAGUCAAAAGUUUGGACACACCUACUCAUUCAAGGAUUUU